AUGAAGUCUGCCUCAAGUUCCCGCGGCGGUGGGUCCGGUGGGCGUGGUGGUGGCGGCUGGGGUGGUGGCUGGGGCGGGGGUCGAGGCGGAGGAGGCAAAGGAGGAGGAGGGGAUGGCGGCCCCGGAGGCAAAGGCGGCUUCGGGGCGCGGUCGCGUGGCUUCGGGGGCGGAGGCCGGGGGCGGGGUCGCGGAGGCGGGGACAGCAGGGACCGUGGUGGCAGCGGGCAGCGGCGUGGCGGCGUGGCCAGGAGCAAAAACCGCCGGCGGAAGGGCGCCAAUGCCGUGACGGUGGAGCCACACAGGCAUGAGGGUGUCUUCAUCUACCGCGGAGCGGAGGACGCGCUGGUAACGCUGAAUAUGGUGCCGGGCCACUCGGUGUACGGCGAACGGCGCAUCACAGUGACUGAGGGCGGCGUGAAGCAGGAAUACCGCACAUGGAACCCCUUCCGCUCCAAACUGGCAGCCGCAAUCCUGGGCGGGGUCGACCAGAUCCACAUCAAGCCCAAGUCCAAAGUGCUGUACCUGGGUGCUGCCUCGGGGACCACGGUGUCUCACGUCUCUGACAUCAUCGGCCCCGAUGGCCUUGUGUAUGCGGUUGAGUUCUCCCACCGCGCUGGCCGCGAUCUGGUUAAUGUGGCCAAGCAGCGAACCAACAUCAUCCCAGUUCUCGAAGAUGCCCGGCAUCCACUCAAGUACCGCAUGCUCAUAGGAAUGGUGGAUGUGAUCUUUGCCGAUGUGGCCCAGCCUGACCAGUCCCGCAUAGUGGCUCUGAAUGCCCACACCUUCCUGCGCAACGGGGGCCACUUCCUUAUUUCCAUUAAGGCCAAUUGCAUCGACUCCACUGCAUCUGCUGAGGCGGUGUUUGCUUCAGAGGUGAGGAAGUUGCAGCAGGAGAACUUAAAGCCUCAAGAGCAACUGACCCUGGAGCCCUAUGAGAGGGACCACGCUGUAGUCGUCGGGGUCUACCGGCCCCUUCCCAAGGGCAGCAGCAAGUAG